CACCGUGACAGUAUUCCUGAUCAGCUUGAAAGCGGGCGGUGUCGCUCUUAAUCUUACCGAAGCCAGUCGGGUGUUUAUCUGUGAUCCUUGGUGGAAUCCCGCUGCCGAAUGUAAGCUAUGGAUCGAAUUCAUCGUCUUGGACAACAUCGACCGAUCCGUAUUACACGUCUCGUGAUUGAAAACAGUAUCGAAAGUCGUAUCAUUCAAUUGCAAGAAAAGAAGCAGGCCUUGGUGGACAGCACAUUAGGCAAUGAUCGAUCGGCGUUGGAACGUCUUAGUGUGGAGGAUCUGCGGUUCUUGUUCGUCAUGUAACAAACGAAAAAUUACAAGCAUUCGGGAAAUUCAUUAUCAUUACAUAUCGCAUAUUUGGCAUGGAGCAAUGGAAAAAAGUCAGAAUACAGAAAAGAACAAUGGAAAAGUUUAAAUUUUAUCAA